AUGGCUCCGCCGAACAAGGCGGGCCCCCUCCACCAUGCAACAGCCAGCCGGCUGACUAUGAAACCGCCGCCCGCGGAGUCGGGGGGCUUUAUGAACCAGGGCCCGGAGCAGCCAUCUAUAUCACUGCCGGUGAGCAGGUUGAUCAGGACUCUGAGGCCGAGCGACGAGGAGAAGACGCCACCCCACGAGGACGAAAUUAGGCGCCGGAUCCUCCAUGGCCAGCGGCGGCGGAGACAGGAAGCCGCAGGCCCUGGGAAGCGAACCAUGCGGGGGCUCCGGACCGUGCUCCAGGCAAUGGUCUUCUACACGACGGCCGUGGCCGCCCACACCGCUGACACUCUGAGCGGCCCUACGCAGGACUUAUGGGAGGUCUUCCAGUCGCAGCACACAGCGCCGCAGGAGGACCACAGCCGGGCCGACUUCCUGGAGAUCUUCGCCGGCGGGGCCCGUAUCUCUCAGGCCGUGGCUCGCUUGAAGGGAGCGGCUCUAGAGCCCCGCGACCAGCGCUACGGGCACAACCUGUACGACCGCCACGUCCAGGACGAGAUCUACCGGAAGGUCGUGGAGGAGAAGCCCAAGCUGAGCCAUGGUGCGUUCCUUCAGGGCAGAGCGGGGGCAAGCAGGCCCAAAGGAGAGCCAGACACCGAGAGGAAGGCGUGGUGGAGUUCAUCGACCAAUUGGCGCGACACCAGCACGGCCGAGGCACCCGGCCUUGGGAGCAUGGUGCUGCAUGGUAGCGCCACCUACGCCGAAGUCGACCUGCACGGCGACCACCUGACCACCAGCUCGGGGUGGUCGCUAAAGUGGCUAUGGGAAUGGGGCGGCGACGCGAGCACGCACGAAGCAAUGGUGACACACACCGAGGACCGCCCGAACAGCAAGGCGGCAGGCCACUCAGAUGAGGAAGACCCCGUCGACGCCAUCAUUGGAGCGAACGCGAUCACCUUCAAGGGCAAGGUCAACCCGGCCGUGGCAAAGAUCCUCAAGAGGCUCCACCAGAACCUCGGGCACCCACCCAAUCGGGAGUUUGUGAAGCACCUCCGGUUGGGAGGAGCAGGGCCCGCCAUGAUCCAGGUGGUGGCCGUCGACGUGAUCUGGCUGGAGGCUGCCGACAGCGAGGGCGCCGAUAUCCCCGCGCUCAACAUGGUGGACGUCGCCUCCACCUACCAGGUUGUCUACCCCAUGGCCGGGACUAAGUCAGAGGAUGCAGCCCAGGCCUUUAUGCAGGGAUGGGUCCAGUGGGCCGGUGCACCCCGUUUCGUGAUAGCCGACCUCGACUCCGCCUUCAAGGACCAGUUCCUCACCAGGCUCGACCAGCUCGCGGUGCACAUUCGGUGCGCGGCGGGGCAGGCGCACUGGCAAAACUCUGUGGCCGAGCGACAGGGUGAGAGCUGGAAGGCAAUCUGGAAGAAGCAUACCGAGGACAACCUGAUACUCAAGGACGAGGCGGCGGAGGCGAUAGCAGCGAUCAACUCGGCGAAGAACGGGCUGAGGAACCGGUCGGGGUAUUCGCCACGACAGUGGGUCUUUGGGGCUAACCAACGGCUCCCGGGCGAUCCCUUUGAUGCACCCGACGACCUGACUACCGCCGACAGCAAGUUCGCCCGGAGCCAAUUGAUCCGGCUCGGGGCCCGCACCGCCUUCUGCCAGGUGCAGGCUUCUGACACCCUGCGGCGAGCAGCCGCACACCGACCUCGAGUUGAAGCCCUGCCUUUCGAGCCCGGCUCCCUGGUCUACGUCUUCAGGAACGUCCGCCCAGGGAAAGGCAAGAAACCCGCUCCCACAUGGAUCGGGCCGGCUACCGUGCUGGGGCGCGAGGGGUCAAACUACUGGACCUCGCGGGGCGGGCGUUGCAUGCUGGUGGCCGCCGAGCACCUUAGGGCAGCCGAGCACGAAGAGGUCAGUGAGUACAUGCGCCUCCGCCUGGCUAUGGAGCUGGCCGAGUUCAUAAAGAAUGCCGGCCCGGAGGACGCGCACAUGGACGUUGAGAUCGAGAUGGAGGCGCCAGCGGAGCCGGACCCCCGCAUCGAAGAGGUCGAGCAGCGUGAGGAAAUCAUCGCCAGCGCCGGCCGGCGGCGCGGGAUCCUGGAUGAUGUGCCUGCCUCCCUGAAGCGGCUGAAGACUACCUACAUGGCGGCCCGGAGAAGGUCCGAGAAAGGAAAGGCGAAGCAGCUCGAGAAGGAGCUGCCGUGGCACCUCAUACCCGAUGACGAGAAGCCGCUCUAUAUGGAGGCGGAGAAGACACAGUGGGAGGAACACAUCGCCUUCGAAGCGGUCCGGCCUCUCAGCCUCACCGAAAGCAAGCACGUCAUGGACCACGAGGACCCGGCGCGCAUCCUGAAUGCCAGGUUUGCGUACAAGGACACGCGGCAUGCGCAGCGGCGCCUGGAUCCUACUUUGGCGCCUAAACCAAAAGCCCGACUCUGCGUGUCGGGGCAGAACGACCCCGACUUGGGUGUGGCCGACAUGUCCACCGACGCGCCGACAGCCAACCGCCACAGCGUGCUCAUGGCCCUUCAGCUGGCGCUGGCCCGGGGCUGGAAGGUCUCGGUCGGAGACGUCAGAGCUGCUUUCCUGACUCAUGCGGGACAGCUUGUGGAAAUAGUGAAAGGAGUUUUCGGGCUGGCUACGAGCCCAAAGCUGUGGUGGAUGAAGCUUUCGGGGGACCUCAAGAACAUGCGUGUGCAGGGACCCGAGGCGGAGGUGCGCAUCGAGCAAAACACGAUCGACUCGUGUUGCUUUAUGUUGGUCGGCGUGAAGACUGGCAAGGUACGGGGCCUCCUGCUCACUCACGUCGACGACUUGUUGCUGCUCACAGAAGAGGCGCUGCGCCUCCCCGUCCAGACUAAGCUCAAGGAGCUCUUCCCGGUGGACGAUUGGGAAGACGACUGCUUCAGCUACGUGGGCUGUGAGUAUGAAUGCACGGCCGAGGCGGUGGUGAUCAAGCAGCGCAACUACUGCGAGACCCGGGUCGACAAGGUGACCGUUCCCCCGGGCGUUCCUGAGGACACCGCCGCCAACCAGGACCAGAUCGAGGAGAACAGGACAGCCAUCGGCAGCGUCUCUUGGCUGGCAAAGAUGACCCGGCCCGACCUUCAGUUCCAGGUGUCGCAAGCCCAGCGGCGACAGAACGCCCCUACGGUGAGAGACCUCAAAGAGACCAACAAGUUGGUCGAUGCAGCACGGGCCGGUGCCGAUCGCGGCCUGACGCUACACCGUGUCGCGGAGGAGGACCUGGUGCUGGUGGCCUUCCACGACGCAGCCUGGGCCAACGUGCAGAACCCGGACGUGACGGAGGAGGACCUGGUCUGGAACGGCGAGCACACUUUGUCCUCGCAGCUGGCCUUCCUGGUGGUGGUGUGCGACCGACGGUCCCUCGAAGGAGGUGCCGGGAAGUUUGGCAUUGUCGAGUGGAGGAGCAAGGCCAGCCAGAGAGUGUGCCGGUCAACUUUUGCCGGAGAGACCAUGGCCUGCAGCGACGCCCUGGAAGCAGCUCUCUUCUUACGAGGGCUACUGGUGAGCCUCCAGACCGGCCAGGCAGUACCCGAGAGCGUGUGCGGGAAAUUCCUGGAAGUGCACAUGGUGACGGACUGCAAGAGCUUCUACGACCACGUACACCGAGAAGGGACGCCCAAGGCACCUACUGAGAAGCGGCUCGCGUUAGACCUGGCGAGCAUCCGCCAGAUAUUGUCUUGCGAAGUAGGACACCAGUGGAGCCGCAGACACGGCGACACCGGAAAGCCUUCCCCUGAAAAGCCGGCACGCCCACCACUUCAUUGGGUCCCGACUCACGAGCAACUCGCUGACGUCUUGACCAAGAAGAUGAGUGCCGAGGGUUUUUGGAACGCCGUCGAGGGGGGGCUGAUCUCGCUUCCCCUUCUCAGACGAACAUGA